UCACAUGCGCACACAUGCACACACUCACACAUGCACACACAUACACACACACACACACUCACUCUGUGUUUCCUCUGUGUCUCUCUCCAAACGUGUCAGUCAGCCAGUCAGUCGAUUAUUUGUGUGUGUGUGUUUGGUGGGGAUGUUGAAAAGAGCCUGUAACCAUCCUUCAUCUCUAUGACCCACGGACAAAAGACACACAGACAAGGACAAGGGGACGAACAGUUUCUCUCAAAGGAAACUUGCCAACCAGUCGGCUUCCUGACAUCCCUGCUGCUGCCGUCUAUGAGCCGCACUGAGGCGGAGGAGUGGACUGUCCAACGAUCCUGACACAAGGAAAAACUCUGUUGAAGCUCCAACCAGCAGCAGCAGCAGCCACCAUGUCCUCACCCUCCCUCCCCAUGCCGUCUCUCCCCCCGAGUCCCCUGGCCAUGGAGUACCUGAACGACUUUGACCUCCUUAAGUUUGAGGUGAAAUCAGACACUCCUCCUUUGCCUCCUCCAUGUUCGUACCCCAAAUCUGGCCUCCCCCACGACCCAUCUAGCUCUCCAUAUACCAGCCACCCUCCACAGGACUCCAGUUUAAGCUCCAGCCCUUACAACUCUCUGCCACCUUCGCCGACACUCAGCGAUGCCCAUCCGCCGCCCUCGGGCUCCUCCUCCCUCUCGUCGUCCUCCUCCUCCAUCUCCUUCCCCAUCUCCAUAUCCAACAGCUUCACCUCCGGCAUCAGCUCCGGCUCUCAGGGGAACAUGGAGGGCAGCCCGGGCCACGGAGGCCCACAGGGUCCCACUCCGGCUUCACUGGAGGACCUGAUCUGGCUGGCAGCGCUGCAGCAGCAGUUUGGAGGUGAAGUUACGGGACCUGCCACUCUGCUUGGAGCCUUGGGAGGGGUGCCGGAGCGAGGGGACCGAGAGAGAGGGCCAGUAAACGGCUUCCUGGGCUGUGAGGAUGCUGUGGAGGCUUUGCUGAACUCUGCUGCUGCAGCUGUCAGCUCACAGUUUCCGGGUCUUUCUCAGAGCUCCAGCAGCAACCUGGGCGACUCCAGCAGCGACAGCGGAGGUGACAUCUCCUGUACCAAGGCGGCCGACAUGUGCCAUCGCCCGCUCGUCUUCCUCUCAUCAGCUCCUCCAUCCCUCCCCAACACCGCCCCCACCUCGGCUCCCUAUCCACAGCCCCUCAGCCCCCAGGGCCGCCUUCAUCACCACCAGCAUCACCACCAUCAGCAUCACCCACAUCACCCCAUGCAUGGCAGCCAUCACCAUCAUCACCACCCACAAGUCAAUCAGUGCGGGGUGAACGAGCGCUUCUCUGAUGAGCAGCUGGUGAGCUUGUCGGUGCGCGAGUUGAACCGACACCUGCGUGGGGUGAGCAAGGACGAGGUGGUGCGCCUGAAGCAGAAGCGCCGUACGCUAAAGAACCGCGGCUAUGCCCAGUCGUGCCGCUACAAGCGCUUACAGCACCGCCAUGCUCUGGAGUCAGAAAAACAUGUGCUAACACAACAGUUGGAACAGCUACAGUGCGAGCUGACUCGAGUGCUGAGGGAGAGAGACGCCUACAAGGCUCGCUACGAGAAGCUCCUCAGCACAAACCACAGUACUGGCGGCAGCAACGGCGCCGACGCUCCACCGACCCGCACCAGCAACCCACCUUCCCCACCCCCUGACUACUUUCUCUGAGUUUAACCCACAGGGGGAGUAGGAAGAAGAAGAAGAAAAAAAACAAGACCAGCCAACUCGGAGCAAUCAAUGAUGAGUAAUCAGACUUGGGGGAAGAAAACAAAGAUGUGUAUGUGUGUGUGUGUGUGUGCAUGUGUUUGUGUGUGAGAGAGAACGUGGAAGAGAGACAUUGGCAGGUGUUUUGGGAGGGGGGGCGAUACAACUGUGAAAAGCACCCCUGAGUGUUUUGAAGGGGAACUGACUGUUAAUUCAUAGGGUUAGACUCAGCCCUAGGCCGCUUUGCCGAUUUACUUUACUGUGAAUGAUAGUUGCACAAAAACUGGCUGAGAGCUCUCUGCUUGUGGUACUGGUGCAACGAGCUAUAAAAAUGGAUCAAAAAUGCUUUAUUUCUCAAUAAACAAUCACACUGCUGAGUUUGUUAUCUAUGCAAUCUGCAAUGUACUCUCCAAACGAGUGGUUGAGGCUCACUGUAGGUUUUCUUUUCUUUUUUUUUUUUUUACAAUAAGCUGCUAAAGCUGCAGAGGUCUGAAUAGUGCAGUGGUGCUGGAUGUGGAGUGGUAUGGGCUUGGAUAAAGUAUCCAUGGCAUGCAGUUAAGUAUUUGCCAGCUAAUAUUUCACAGUUGCCUACCAAAGUGUUUAAGCUCACCAAGACUUGUUAUUCUUUGUAAAAUGAAGAAUCAUAGAUUAAAGAAUGUACAAGGAUACCUUUUCAUGGGAAUCUUCCAGUGAUUGUGCUAAAUGAAUAGUUGGGGGACACUGCUCAUGUUUUUUAGCAAAGAAAUCGACUAUUUUGCUAGUUGGAAAUGGUGACUUUCGGCCAGAAUAGACUUGCUGUUUGCUCUCAAGACGGGUUUUUUUUUUUUUUUUUACAUACAGGGACGUGGAGCUGGUUAGUGUGCUUAACUUGAGCAAAGAGAGGCAAAGAAACCCAUCACAGCAGGCAAAAAAGCAAAAAAAAAAAAAGAGUGUGGCAUGAUUUGUGUGGUUGUGUCCAGUUCUCCAGCAUAGAGAAGCUAUUUUUGGGCAGAUUGAACACCUCCGUAUGACAAUCACCACAUUAAUACGACAUGCAGCACCACAGAGCUGGUCACUGUGGACUCGGGUACUGUGGGCUACCGAUGCAAACACACACAAAAAAAUAAACUGGUGCAGGGAUGGAAUUCAAAAAAUGCAACAAAAAAAUCUCUUCAUGGAGACACAUUCUUAACUGUCCCAUGAAAUCAUUGCCAGGGUUCAUGCAUUAGAGCUAUUUAUUUUGUUUGGGUGUAGGUUAAAUAAAUUGUUCUUUUAUUUAUUCACUUAUUUAUUCAGUAUUUAUUGUUUAUUUAUGUACUGAUUCUAAUUAUUUUACUGGUUUUAUUCCCAUUAGCGUGUAUUUUUACUUUCCUACAGUUUAUUCUUUUAUCCACUUGUGAUUAGAAUUAACAUUAUUACAAAAAUCGACGGCCAUUAUCGUGGUUCUCUGCUCCUGUUGUAGUGUGGUUUCAUAUGCAUAUGAAAUAAACAAAGUACUUUACCAUCCC